GCAUGUUUACUGCGUCAUUGCUGGAUUUUUGAAGCGGUGGGCAAAAGCAACAUAACCAUCUACAUCCUUUGUUGCUGUUUAUAUUAGUGAGCUGCAUAGUGAAUUACAUUUUUCUUAAAUUAUGUCAUCGUUUAAGGUAGAUAGAGACCUCAAAACAAAGGUUGAUACGUUUAGAGAGCAGAUCACAGGUGAGGCUGAAAACCUGGUUGCUGACUUUUUCCCCAAAAAGUUGCUGGAACUAGACAGUUUUCUGAAGGAGAGCAUUCUGAAUGUCGCAGACCUGAAAGAGAUCCAUUCAGAGAUAAACAUCAAAGUACCAGACCCGAUCAUCCUUAACAAUAUUCAUGAUGGACCGGAUGUGCAAAAUGCCAGAAAACGGAAAAUGGAAGAUGGACUAUGUGAUGAGAACUGUCAAGAUGAUCCCAAGGUGUUCGUCAUGUCGGGGGGGAUGAUGAAGAGCAAUGGCCAGCUGGUGGACUUGAUCGAACGAGUCAAGCCAGAGAUAAGGACCCUAAUAGAGAAAUGCAACACAGUCAAAAUGUGGGUCCAGCUCUUAAUCCCCAGAAUUGAGGAUGGUAAUAACUUUGGUGUGUCCAUUCAGGAGGAAACCGUUGCGGAGCUCAGGACUGUGGAAGGAGAGGCCGCCUCAUACCUGGACCAAAUAUCCAGGUAUUACAUCACUCGAGCAAAGCUAGUCUCAAAAAUUACAAAGUACCCUCAUGUGGAGGACUACCAGCGCACAGUGACCGAAAUAGAUGAGAAGGAAUACAUCAGCCUCAAGAUCAUUGUGUCCGAGUUGAGGAAUCAAUACGUGACAUUACAUGACAUGAUCCUGAAGAACAUAGAGAAGAUCAAGAGGCCACGGAGCAGCAACAACGAAGCCCUGUAUUGAACACCACCUGCUCUCAAACUCCUUGUAACAACCAUUGGCUGGAACACGGGUAUUUGUUUUGGACUAUUGUCAUCCAUUGUGUCGAGGUAGACUUUGAAAUGACCUGCUCAAGACGUGUUUCCAGUUUGUACCUUGAGGCUGGAUGUUUCUCAGUGUUGACCAAUCAAGCUGGCUUGAACUAAACUUAAACACUGCUGGCCCCCACCUAGGUUGAUUCAAGGUGAGAUGGAUCGGUUAGGGUCCUUGGUCCGCGGCUUUGGGCUGGUAUUGUGUGAAAAAGCUUCAUGGACGUUUCACUAGUAUGCUUUGUCUAUUUUGUCUUUAGUUUGUUUUUAAGGAAAUAUUUUUAGGACUCGAAAGCCCUUGGUGGCGUGCGUGCUCACAGUCUGCAUUUUAGCUAUAGUGUAGCUUGCAGUCUCAUCACAGGACAUUAAAAAAAGAUUAACUGGAACUAUUUACAAGUACAUUGUGAAAGACAAUGGUCUAUUUCCAGCACAGUCUGUAAUUGCCAUCAACUCUUACUCUGAUCUUAGAGUUUACAUCUCUUAAGUCCGGUGUAAUGUUUUCAUAUCCCAGGUGGUACGUGAUGAGAUGUGUAAUUACUGCUUAUUAAUUGUAAUUUUGAUUUAAA